AUGUGCGCACAACGAUCCAAUGUAAGUCCGACGCCGUCGGAACAAUCCGAAACAGUGGGUGCCGUUCAGAAAUCGACAAAACCGCCGUCGAGCGAACGAUCGAGCGAGGGCUCCGCGAAGAGUUCGGAGAACACGGCACGAAGCGAGACGAGCUUCGAAUUGUCGGAAAUGUCGGUAAACAUGAAGACGGCGGUGGACGAAAAGGCGAAAGAGGAGAAGCCGCACACGACCGAGAACCUGAUGGGCACGCUGCCAGCGUUCGUGUUGGAGGAGAUCCGUGCACUCGAGGGCGUCUCCUACUACCACGGGAUGGUCGCCCGGGACCUCGUUGAGACCCGGCUGCUCAGGGUCGGCGACUUUCUCGUUCGCGCCACAGACAAUCGGAUCAUGUCGUUCGAGUUCAUCCUCUCGUUCUUCAACAAGAAACGUCUCCAUUCACAUUUGACAAUCAAGUCAGUCACUGAAUUUUACUAUUACGCGAUCGGAUCCUAACGUUAGAAAUGUUUAGAGGCGACGUGGCGACUGAAAGAUGGUCCCUGGGCGUCUCGAACAUUGUGACAUUCAGGACCAUCGGCGAGCUGUGCGACUACUACAAAGCCUACCCGCUCGGCAACACAAUCGUGCUCGCACGAGCCGUCUCGAAAAGCAAGCACAUGAUCGCACCGGAUCGGAUCGUCUUCGAUCUCAAAAAGGAUUUGCUCGGAAGCGGCAACUUCAGCGAUGUGUACAAAGGAAUCAUGGCGUUGGAGACGAAGUACGUGAAGGUGGCACUGAAGAACACGAAGCUGUUGGACGAGGUGAUGGAUGCGGACAAAAAUCCGAAUGCGAACAAAGUGAAGAAGGAGAUGAUCUCGGAGGCGGAAGUGAUGAGCCAGCUCCGACACGCGAAUAUCACUUCGGUAAGAACCAGAACAUGAGGCACUCUCAUUCAUAAAUGCCUUUCAGUUUUUCGGAAUGGCCGCCGACCGAAUGCCCGUGCUGCUCGUCAUCGAGUUCUGUCAAGGAGGGAACCUGGAGGGCCAUCUACGGAAGAACGGAUCGAUAAUAACGCACGGCGAACGGAUGCUCUACCUCGUCGACGCCUCCGCCGGCCUCCGAUACAUCCACGCAAUGUCGAUCACUCACCGAGAUCUCGCCGUCCGUAACUGUCUCAUCUCUGUCAAUGGAUUCGUGAAACUCUCCGAUUUCGGAAUGGGGCUCAAAAUUCGAAGACACAACAUGACAGGGAGCUCCGAAACUGGAGACAACUGUCCGGCACGCUGGAUGGCGCCCGAGCUCAUUUUUAAACAUCCAACAAAGUUCAGCAAGCAGUCGGACAUUUGGUCACUCGGAAUCGCCUCGUUCGAAGUGUUCACGAACGCGAGCAAACCGUUCGCAGAGCUCAACGGCACCGAAGUGAUGAAGGCGGUGAAGUUGGGAAAGUACCCGACGACGCCGCCGGAAGCGGGCCCAUUCCUCACGGGCCUGCUGACCCAAGUGCAUCGGCUGGAGGCUUCCACUCGCAUCGGAGCGGACAUGUUCCACAAGCAGAUUCUCGAUCACUGCCUCCACAAUAAUCUACUCACUCUGGACAAUCUGACGCUCAACAUGAUACCCGGAGUCAAAAGAGAACGAAUGUUUCAUGUAAGGUUCUCCGAUUUUCAGACAAUAACACACGAGUGUGUCGUUUCAGUUCGACGGAUACACGCCGCAGGUGGUGGUCUACGAUAAAGAGCACAAAGAUCAGGGAUACCAGGACGCGCCGUCGGAGAUGUUGGCUAAUAUUGUGUGGAAAGGAUAG